AUGGUCGUCACUGAUUUCAAAGGAGACCAGUCCGACAGCAAGGCUCCGCGGACCGUGGCAUCCAGCCAGUCAGGCCAUCGCCAGACCGUGCCGUGCGAGGCCGAGGACGGUUCCUCGCACGAGCUGCAUGAUCUCCCUCCUCCCUACGAAGCGGGCUCCUCGUCCACGCAGCACCGCGACCGCCAUGCCUCCGAACGCAGCAGCAGCAGCAGCACGCACCGCUCAUCCGCCAGCAUACUCCGCGUCGACCAAGCCGGCUACCAGCCGCCGUCCAAGAUGACGUGGGACGAAAAGGACGCCAGCGGGUACUGGGCGCGCCACGACGGCGGCUCGACGGGCGCGUGCUGCUUCUCGGCGCGUGGCGGCUGCUGCUUCUCGGACCGGGACGCCUGCUGUUUUUCGGACCGCGAUGCGUGCUGCUUCUCGGACAGAUAUGCCUGCUGCUUUUCGGAUAGGGGUGCCUGCUGCUUCUCGGAUCAUGGCGCGUGCUGCUUUGCGGAUCAUGGGGCCUGCUGCUUUGCCGGGACGGCGCCGGGCGGGCGGUGGAGGCCGGUGCCGUCGACGGGGACAUUGUUCAAGGGACUUUGCUGA